AUGCUCAACAAGAACCAAAAGUCUUCAUCGUCGGCUGAGUCGUUUAUGCAAAAUUUGAUGGAAACUUUGAACAAACAACAACCUGUCUCAACACCAAGCGCAACCUCUGAAAAGGAUAAAUCAACAAAAGCUCCCUCUAAAAGCUCUUCGUCUGGAAUUAAAUUUGAUGAUGAGGAUUUGGAAUUGGAUUCAAAAACUGUGGAUAUGCUAACGCAAAAACUGGCACAGGAUUUAUCUAGCAAAGGAUUUCUCAAUGACUCGGAUGAUUCCGAUGACGGAGAUUUGGAUGACCUUUCCGAUGAUGAGGAAUUCAAAAAACAAUUGCUACAAGAAUUUAAAAAUUUAAACAGUCUUUCUCAAGACAAGCAAGGAAAUGUACCUAAAUCAAAACUGAAACAAAUAUACAUUGAAUUACUAAAAUCCGGACAAUCAAUGAUAACAGACAAGAAUACAGCCGAUCAUUUUAUUUCAAAGCUUCAGCCCAAUGAAUUGUCAUCUCUGAUGAAUCUUCUGCAAAAGGAACCUGACGAUGCUAUAAAAUUCUUUAACAAUGAUCCCCAAGUGAUAGAGGCUGUGAAAAAUACAGCCAUGGUGGGUAGCGAUAUAAAUGCAAAGAUUUGGCAAAAUUUAACCGAGGACGACCUGGAAGAUGAAGAUUUGGAAAGCGCUAAUGACACAAAUAUUACCAAAAAAUUAUUGGAGAAAGCCUCAGACGCUGUUAAGGAAGCCCUUAAAGUUUUUGAGGACAAUUUACUGCACUAUACUCAAAAUCCACAACAAUUGUUACAACUUUGCGAAAAACUUCCAGAUAAGGAUCAAUCAUUGUUUCUUGAUAUACUGUUUAGAGAUUAUACACCAGACAAAAUUUCUAAACGACUAAAAGAAAAGGAAAAGACUGAACAAAAGAAAGAUCUCGAGAAGGAAAUGGAAAUUUUUGAUGAUGAUCUAGUGGCACAUGUAUUUAAGGAAAUCUUAACUCAUUUCAAAGCAUACAAAAAGCAUCCUGAAAAAUUCAAACCUCUGGUGGAUAGAUUGAACGAGCGAGAGCAAAAAGCGUUGAAUGCUUUGAUAAAGGCAUUUUGGGACAUCAAUAUGGACAUUGUUAAAAAGUAA